GGCUAUUGUAAACUUAAAGGAAAUGACAGCAGUAAUACGGUGCAGCAAAACCUAAAUCAGAGACCAAGACACAUUCAGCUCGAAUGAAGGGUAUUUUCCAAAUCUAAGUUAUUCUGUCUAAGGUUAAAUGCGCACCGUGCAGACGCGAAUCACUCAGCGAUUCAUCACUUCCUUUUCAUAAACAUGGGUGACACCGGUGACCUAUGAAGAGCGGAAAAGUGCAGGUUGAAAAAGCUUUUCUCUCUCCUUUGUGGGAGGGCUUUCGCGGGCUGUCUUUUGGUGGCACGUCUUCGGGCGGCCAGACUGCAGUGCUGAAUCGGCCAUGGCCAGCGAGCGUCCGCCGGAGGGGAGGAGGCAGCCUCCGGUCUUUCCUCUGCAGAGGGUCCGUUCGCAGAGCGACACGUCCUGCUUCCGAGCGCGGAUUUUCGGCAGACUGCAUGCCGCCUGUUCAGUCGAUGGGCUGGAGAAGCCUUCCCUGGCGAACUCAGACGUGGUGGUUGGGGGCACGGGCCCGGGGGCACAGACCCCACCCCUGAAGCAGAAGGGCAAACUCUCAUCGCUCGGCAAGAUCUUCAAGCCGUGGAAAUGGCGCAAGAAGAAAACCAGCGAGAAGUUUCAGGACCUCUCCAAAGUGCUGGAGAGGAAGAUCUCCAUGCGUCAGAGUCGGGAGGAGCUGAUCCGCAGGGGCGUGCUGAUUCCGGACCAAGAUGAGCAGGUGAACUGUGAAACGUCCAAUGGGCACACGGCCCCUGUCACUGUGGAGACGGCCCCCCCAGAGGCGGUCAAGGUGGAACUGGAGGCAGCUUCACCUGCACCCUGUGAGGACGACGACAGAACAGAGAGGAAACAGGGCAGGCCAGACCCAAAGGUGACCCAGUCCCGUUCCCGGGAGGGGCUUGCUAAAAAGGGCCAGGCAGCCCCCCCGAAAACGCCCAGCGGGGCAGCAGGCGGGGUGGUGAGGAAGGAUGCGACCUGUGGAGAUAAAAAGGGGGCCAAGAGUGGGGGCAAGCAGACCCCGACUCCUAAGGGCACCUCGCGGAACAAUAACCGUGGCAACGCCAAACCUACCCAAGUAAAAAAAUCAGCAGGGGCGUCAAAGGCCCCCCCCCAGUCAGGACCGGUAUCUGGCCCCUCUGGGGGGGCACACCGCCAGCCAAAAGACACUGACGGCACAGGUCCUAGGAAGAAGGCUGGCAGGAGGGCAGAGGACCCCUCAGGUACCACAAAGACCCCCACCAGAGCCCAGGCCAUUCCCGGGGACGAUGGGGCAGCCAAUCAAAAGCCACGUCCGGCUGCGGGGGAGGAGCCAGCCAAAGAAGGACAAUCGGCGCAAGCAGGCAGCAAGGUGGACGCGGAGGAUGCGGCAUCUGCUCCGGACGCGCAGAAUGAGAAGUUCUACAACUGCCUCGAGGAGCAACCAGGCCCAGAUGAAGAUGGGGGCGUGGCCAGCGAGUCCAGCAAGACGCAGCCAGCCUCGGGGGGCUCCCAGCCGCCACCAGGGGGCGACGUGAAACCCCAGGCCCGUAUCGCGGACGGCCCACCAGAGACCAUCCCCAGCGACAGCAGGGAGAGCCAGAUCAGCGACUCGGAUUCAGACAGGUCCACACUGUACCGCAGUGAGGAGGAAGAGGAGGAAGAUGAUGACGAGGAUGAGCACAGCUCAAGUUCCCUGGCCAGUAAGAUCCGCCGCCGGGAUACACUGGCCAUCAAGCUGGGAAACCGACCCAGCAAGCGGGAGCUGGAGGAGAAGAACAUCCUCCCUCGCACAUCGAUGAGCGAGCGGCAGGAGCUGAGGCAGCAGAUUGGCUGCAAGUUGGUCAGGCGCCUGAGUCAGCGGCCGACACCGGAGGAGCUGGAGCAGAGAAACAUCCUGAAGCAGAAAAAUGAAGAAGAAGAGCAAGAGGCAAAACAAGAAAUAAAAAGACGACUUUCUCGAAAGCUGAGCGUGAGACCCACAGUGGCUGAGCUGGUAGCUCGGAGAAUCCUGCGCUUCAAUGAAUACGUGGAAGUCACAGACGCCAAGGACUACGACCGCCGAGCGGACAAACCGUGGACUAGGCUGACUCCGGCUGACAAAGCUGCUAUCCGCAAGGAGCUGAACGAGUUCAAAAGCAAAGAGAUGGAGGUACACGAGGAGAGCAAGCAUUUCACAAGGUUUCACCGGCCCUGACAUUUGCGCUGCCCUGGGUGGCUGGGAGGGGCCCUGCACCCCAGGGACCCCCUUACAGACGGACUGACCACACUCCGCUCUGGACUCUGCUUUCAGUGCACCUGGUUAGAGGGCACCACCCCGACUCCAAUGGCCGGAACUGGAACAUCAAGUGUGGGAUGGACAGGAUUGCCUUCAGUGUUCAGUGAAGGCAGACAGAUGGACAGAUGUCUGCAGGCUGAACACACUGGCGCUGCCAGGGCGGGACUGCAAUGCUGCAGGCUUCAGAACACACUCGUGCAGCCGGUCCUUUCGCUCUCUGCGCUGCGAUGAUGUCCAUCUUAACACUAGACACCGAUGACCAUCUGACCUUGUUCACAAACAAACGGCCACAGACGGAUUUCAGUGCUGCUCCUUAGGAUGGUAUUCAGGGUUAGAUAUUGAGGGUUGUAAGGGGGGGGGGUGCUCUCCCACAGCAGCCCACUAAUAAAUGCUGUUAGAUUGGCACAGCUCCCAAAACACAUUCAUGGUGUGGGGAUAUUCUCUUACCUUUCACUUUGGCUUAUAGUGGUGGUACAGUCACAUGACCAGAAUGUACCUUAAGCUGAGAUUGAAACUGGAUUUGCUCAGUGCCUCAUGAAAUGAGUAUUUAUUUAAUACGAUAUCCGUAUGAUUUUAUAAGGUCACAGUAGGGCACCUGUGAUGUCCAGCUCGUGGGCACUGAAUACCAAUUCCGCUUCGUCUAUUUACAGGAAUCAUUUGAGAUCUCGGGGUUCCUAUGUAGAGUCUCUUGUGAUUUGUUUUCCGUGGGGGGGUUGGGGGGUGCAGUGCACAGUCCAGUUUUAAGGAGUAACCUGAACUAUUGGCUAUCAGACUCCCGAGAUCAAUGCACUCCUCCGACCAGCAGAGGGAACCGUCAUGUGCUUUAAGGUGCCUUGGCUGGGAAAUGUGGGGUUCUGCCGUCUUAAUGGUUACCCAUAGAGGCCAUAAAAGUGUUUUUACAUAUUUAGGCUACAAGAUAGCCUCAGUAUUCCUGUCAAUCAAACUUCUGCAUUGGAAUGUGCUAUUUUUAAUCCUGCUAUAAAUUGCCUAAGUUAUUCUUUUCAGAUAUAGAACUUUCUGUACAGUAUGUAUAUAAACCCGUUCGUAUGAAACAUUUCACUUUUUUUUAAUAUAUAUAUAUAUAUAUGUUGGUUGUUCUACAUGAUGUCCUUUGUUUUAAGAUCGUUUAUCCUUUUUAAAGCCCCCCCCCCCUUAACUGUGUCCUCUGCUACACGCUGAGCAGUGCUCAAGAGCGCCCCCUACCUGCUCCCGCAGCUCUGUUCAGGUUCUGGAAAUUCGGGCACUGGCUGAACAUGCACUUCUUGACGGCCAUCUCCUCCACUACGACUGAACUUUUUACCCAAAAAUCCUGCUAAGUCAGGAGUGACUAUCAGACUAUUGGGGCUUGAUGUGCACAGCUGAACUGCAAGGUGCAGCAUGUCCACUGCUGUGGAGCGGAAAUGUGAUUUCGAGCCCGUGAAUUUUGCCGUGAACAGCCUCCAGUGUGACUCCUGUAAUCAGGGUGACCGGAGGCUGAUGCUGAAUCUGCCGAAUAUCAUUGGCUGCAUUUGUGAGAUUUACUUGCAGUUUAAGGAAGGUGAAAUGUGCACUUGGAGGACAAUCUUAAAUAAAGGUUCCUACUGUUUCGGAUUUGGGGUAUUGGGGGGGAUUUUCACCAUCGCAGCCUCGCAGUGAACUCGCAGGCGUGGGUCUAAUCUGCAGCCCUUGAUGCUUAUGUUCUGCUGUCGCCAUGGCGACUGUGAAGCGUGUUUGCCGCCAGCCAUCUUGCCAUGGCGGUGCGUUCUGUCACCAAGCUGGACCCCCCCGGAGAGACACUGGCGAAGAGCCCAGCCAAUCACGUCCAUGUUCUGCUUCCGGGAUUUUGGCGGGUGGGAGACCUAACGACAAGGUGCUUUUGUGGGCAGGGUGGGGCAGUUCUUUGGAAAUCAGUAUGACUUGCACGACUAUAGAUAAUUAAAGCUCCCUAAUCGUGUUUUAAAUUA